AUGGAACACAGUGAAGGCAAGAGGGGGUCUGGCCUCCCCGCGCAGCUCGGCUCUCCCGGCGCCCGACCGCCCCGGCCGCCGCCCCCUCCCCAGCGGCCUGGCCCGGCCGGCACAAGCGGCGCUGCCACCGGCGCCGCGGGGUCCCGGGCGGCCCGCGGCUGCGGAGGGGGCGGCGGGCGAGGGGCCGCGCCAGUCCCCGGCGGGCCGCGCCGGCUCAGGGGCGGCCGGGCCAGCUGCGGCCGAGGCGAGCGGGGCGCUCGGCGGGCCCCACGCCGGCCAGCGGCGGGCGGGAAGGAGGCGGGAGCUUACCUGACCCGGCUCGGCGCUCGCUCCAUCCCCCUCGGCCGCCGCCGCCGCCGCCGCCGCACACAGCCCAGCCGCCCGGCGGGGGACAAUGACGUGCCUCCAUCCGGGCACCGCCGCCGCCGCCUCCGGGUCAGCGCCGCGCCCGCAGCGCCCCGCCGGGCCGCCAGGGGGCGCGCCAGGGCCGCGCCCGCACGCGCCGCCGCCCAGGGGCCGUCGCACAAGAGGCGCGGCGCGCAGCUAACGGGCCGGGCAAGCGCGGGAGGGGCCGUCGUCAAAGCGCCGCGGGCGCAGGCUGGCGCGCGCGUCACUGGAGCGCCGGGGCGCUGCGGAAGGGGCGCGCUGAUUGGCCGAGCCAAGCCGCGCGGCGCGGGCCGGGGCGGUCCUUCCCCCCGAGCCGUCGGCGGGAGAGGAUCGAGCGGCGCGCGGCGGCCGCGGGGCCCGAGCCGGGCUCUGGCUGCUCCUGGGCCCGUCCGGCCUAAGCGGGGAUGCGGCGGACCUGGGCGCCCCCCAAACGGACGUGGCUCGGGGAGAGCCUCUCGCGCGCACCGCGCCGCUACCCCUGCGGCACUGGUCCCUCGGCCUAGCGACCCAGCAUUUAAGGACGCCGGAGCCAGCCGGGCGCCAGCUCGCAGACUUCAUAAACUGCGUGACCGGGAGGGGAGAGUUUGAAACCUGGCUCCGGAAAAGGCCAGGCCCCUGCCCAGCCCGUCUGGACUGCGUCUCAUCCAAGUACUGCACACUCCUUGGGGCAACUAGACCAGAGCACACCCUUCAUAUAGUACGUGCAUCUGAAUUCUGUUUCAAGCCUGGCUUAAGAUGGCAGGUACCAGGAAAGGUCCCAGGAAGCAGAGUCUAAGGAUAAGAUUCCAGGUGACAGGUCGUGAUUUCUCGGUUUCGUAAGUUUGAGCCCUGCUUCCGGCUCUGCACGAGCAUAAUGGAGCCUGCUUGGGUUCUCUCUCUCUGCCCCUUCCCCACUCACACUGUCUCUGUCUCUCUCAAAAUAAAAAACUGAAACUUUAAAAUUAAAAAAAAGAAAGAAGUGAUUGACUUCUCAGCCAUGGUCGGUCUCCAACACCAAAGUCAGGGCUCAGAUAAAGAAGAGGUAGAACACCAAGACUAGGGACGAUAAGUUAACCACAAUGAACUUCAGAUUGCUCUGAACCCUUUGGGCUUUCAGAAGCGGCCCAGCCCAGCCCCCCAACCUAAAGACGAGGCAGAAGCCUCAAAUGAGACAAGUACUCUACAAUACAGUGCUUUCUUUAGGAUCUGCCCACAGGCCCCAUGGCCACCAGACCGUCACUGAGGUUAGGUCUCAGCAUGGCCCGAUUGGAUAAAUGUUAGGCCUACUUAGGGAGGAGAGGAAUGAUACAUUGAAGUAGCCAGGGCCUGGCUGAUAUAUACCAGCAGGACCGUAAGUAAUCCUGUAAAUGGAUCUCAAGGGGCUCGAUCAAGAGGAGGGGAGCAGUAAUAAGGGAUAUAGAGGCACCCUCCCACAAUACUGAUCUAACACUUUGUCAAGGGCCUCCAGUGGCCAGUACUGAUACACUGUAUGCAUAGUACUUGGCAAAAAGAAGUGAGCCACACUACGUCAUGACACACCAAGAAUUCCAUGGAAGAUAGUGGAAGAAGGGCUCAAUAGGCUGAGGGAAGUGCACAUCAGAGAAUGGAUACUACUAACUGACUAUCCUACGAGCUGAAAAGGCCUGGGGGGCACUUUGCUUAACAAGGCCAAGGGGGUGGGGGCACCGUCAGCUUGAAGAAACUCAGUGGUGGCUAUCAUUUGUAGGCCAGAGGAGGGAUAGGAUCCUAGAAUGACAGAGGCUGAAUGGCAGCACUUACCCCUCAGAAACGAGGUGGGCAUGAGUGGGCAGCAGGAUCAGAGUGGCAGAUACGAGCAUCUGACUCGCAGGGAUCCACGGAGGAGGCUAACAGAUCAUGGGGCAAGGUAGAUGGGCAGUCAACAAAGACAUACUACCUACAAUCAAAGGAUAUAUACAUGUAAAAUCUGGAUGUGCAGAAGGCUGAGGUCACCUGACUUUCCCAGUGGAAAGUGAAAAUCACCAUUUGAUAAAAGAGAAGCCAGAUCCAUAGAAGUGUAUACAAUAGUGAUUCUCCAAAUCCUUCACCAAAGAAGGAUUUAAUUGGGUUUAAAGGAUUAAUUGGCCAUUUAAUUGGGUAACCAUACACUAGGAGAGAGGAAUACCUGGAUAUUUCUAAGCUGUUGGUUUAGAGAGACAAUGAGGACAGAUGGGAACCCAAAGCACCCCCAAAGCUCCUUUUUUGCUAAGAGAGUAGUAACAUGUGGGGACAAGACACACAUUGGAUCUGUGGGCCCCAGAGGUCAUUUCCCAAGUUUCCAAACUUAACAUCCAAAUGGUCAUACUUCCAGGUUGACAGAACCCUCACAUUGGUUCCUUGACCUGUAGAGUAUGAGCCAGUCUAGCAGAAAAAGCAAGGUGGAAGCCUUCACCCUCUCUUUGCCCUCUCUGGCCAAAAGAAUAACUCUUCAGGGAAUGGCUGAGAAUAUUAGUGCUGUACCUUAUGGAUAUAAAGGCUGCAGGGCUAUUGGUCUUUGUCACAUGCCCAUUUAACUCACCAGUCUGGUCCCUGAAAAAAACUGGAUGAGUCAGGGAGGAUGACAAUCGACCAUUGCGAGUGUAACUAUCAAGGACUCAUCUAGCACCAACUUAAUUCCACCACCCAGGCCGCCCUGUCCCUGGGAACUCCACACCCACAAUAGAAUGGAGUACUUAGAAUCUCUCAAUCUUUGCCCUACGCCCCUCGGAACAAACAAAACCAGGCCCUUUACCUCUUAUGGCUUUUACUCACCAUCACUAUGAACAAAGAGGAAAUAAGAUAAACGUGAAAAAAAUGGAGUAGUCAUAAAGCACAUUCAAAAGAAGUACCUACAGUAUUUUGACACAAAAAGAAGAAAAGAAAGAGUGCUCAGAUGACACCAUCAAUAGACUUGUCCCUGCAGCCUGGGCUGAGAUACAGUCAUCACAGAGUGCUGUUUGGGGACAGACAGGCUAGAUAUAAAUUCCGGCUCCAGCUUUUAUUUAUUAGUUGAGUUCUUUGGUCUUGCUUUGGACUCUCGUGAAAUGAAAGGCUUGUUUAACUUAUCAAAGCCGACUUUAUCCUAAUGGAUAAUUAACACCCCCUCCCCCCAACCCAACAUAAGAUAUUAAAGCCCAAAAGUUUUCAAGAAAAGAUACAUUUGAUUUUCUGAGGACCACAGUCUCCUAUGAAGGAAAUCUGAGACUAUGACUCAACAAAUCUUAGACCAGGUUUAUUUUGAGGUUAAUAGAUCCCAAGUCACUCCUUUAUGUAUUGCCAAAAUAUUAAUUUAGAACCCAGAAUAAACCAUGCACUGGAGAUACUGUAUCUACUUUCCAGAGGCCGUUCUGUUUAGAAUACAGAGUUAUACAUAAUUAGUUACUCCACAUUGUGACAAUGCUCUAAAUUAAGAAGGUAAAGUUUAGAGGCGUUGGGAAUAACCCUCCCAGUAGAUGACAUUCAGGAAAAAUUUUAUGAAGGUGGUGACACUGAAAAUGGGUCCUUGAGGGUUGAAUAGAACUUUUUACAGGCAAAAAAGGGAUAGGAAAAGGAUGCCAGGAUUUGAGGAGCAAAUACUAUUUGGGAGUAAAGUCUGUCCCCCCUUAGAUCUGUUGCCUUUAGGGGCGCCUGGGUGGCUCAGUCAGUUGAGCGUCC